CACCCAUUGGUCUUCGGCAGCUGUGCAGUGCAGAUCUGCACUCCUGGGCUUCAGCACACACCAGAGUGGUUCACGUGUUUUCUGACGUUAUAACGGAGAGUGGAGAGAGUUGUUCGUGAGUGAAGAGUGCCCAGCCUGCAACUGGACCUUCUCUUCCUCCCUUCUUCACCAACAUCUCUUGGGACCUUCUCUUCAGGUCAGAACCUGCACAUUAAGCUUGGAACAAGAAUCCAUGGAGCUGGGCCAUCGAGCAGGUACAACCACUUUGACCAGGGCCCAUCUGAAUAGCAAGGAAGGCCAGCAGGACACGGACCCCAGGAGAACUGCCCACAGCCCCUUGGAGACCUCCAAGGCCAAGUGCCAGACCCCAGUCUCCCCGCAGGCCUCCCUGAACCAAGAAGGCAGCCCCCAGGGCCAGGCCUACCCGGCAGGGAUCCGGUCUCCAGGCUCAGCCGUCAGCAAGGACGCCCCUGGGAUGGACUCCCGACCUGGGUCAAUGAAGAAGGGCGACAACAGAGCCUCCCCGAGGGAGAGCGGGGCCACUAUCCCAGAGGGGGCUCAGCCAAGCCAGGGGCUGCAGGAAGGCCCCAACCCCGGGGCCACGGGCCAGAAGAGCAGCGUCAUUCCUGACAACAUUCGCCACAAGUUUGGGAGCGACGUGGUGGACCAGCUGGUCACCGAGGAGCAGGCUCGAAAGGCCCUUGGGGAGGUCGUUGAGGGCCAGAAGAGGGCAAGCUCGUGGCCCAGCAGGACCCAGAGUCCCGCGGAAAUCGCCUCCAUCUUCUCUGACUACUACGAUCUGGGCUAUAACAUGCGGUCAAACUUGUUUCAAGGGGCCACCGAGGAGAUGAAGAGCCUCAUGAAGGCCUCCUACACCCCCGAGGUGAUUGAGAAAUCCGUGAGGGACAUCGAGCACUGGCAUGGCAGGAAGACGGACGAUCUGGGACGGUGGCACCGGAAAAACGCCAUGAACAUGAACUUGCAGAAAGCACUGGAUGAGAAAUACGGAGAAAAGAGCAAGGCCUCGAAGUUCUAGCUGCGACCCGGAAACGGUGCCCUCGACUCAAGAGGAAGUGCUAACGAUAAAGCUAACAAUAAAGAGAAAGGCACAGAUCUAAACCCUC